CUGGGCUAUAAAAUUGUUGCCGCAAAACAUUCAUUCAAGAUAAGGGAAGGAGGGGAACAGAUAAAAAAAAAAGGAAAGAAAGAAUGAAGACAGUAGAUAUGUUUACUCAGUUAGGAUCUGUAAUUGCGAGUGUCAUGUUUUUUUGGGCUAUGUUCAAGCAAUAUUGUCCAUAUCAGUUGCAAAACUAUUUCGAGAAACACUCCAAAAGCGUCUUCACUUUUGUUUACCCUUUCAUUCAAAUUACGUUCAAUGAAUUCACUGGAGAUCGUUUCAUGCGGAGUGAAGCUUACUCUGCUAUCGAGAACUACCUUGGUUCUAGUUCAUCUAUGCAGGCUAAGCGGCUCAAGGCUGAUGUCGUCAAGAACAGCACCCAGUCCCUUGUUCUUAGCAUGGAUGACUUUGAAGAGGUUACUGACGAGUUCCAAGGAGUCAAACUACGGUGGGCUUCUGGGAAACAUAUUUCCAAGACACAACCAUUUUCUUUCUAUCCAGUAACGGAUGAGAGAAUGUACUACACGCUCACUUUCCAUAAAAGACACCGGAAUCUCAUACUCGGGACUUACUUGAGUCAUGUCUUGAAAGAGGGUGAUGCAAUCAAGGUGAAAAACCGGCAAAGGAAGCUUUACACUAAUAGUGGAUCAUGCUGGAGGCAUGUAGUGUUUGAGCAUCCGGCUAGUUUUGAGUCGAUUGCAAUGGAGGCUGAUAAGAAGAAGGAAAUCAUGGAUGAUCUCAUCACAUUCAGCCAGGCAGAAGAGUUCUAUGCAAGAAUUGGAAGGGCUUGGAAGCGGGGUUAUCUUCUUUAUGGCCCCCCAGGGACUGGUAAAUCCACUAUGAUCGCAGCCAUGGCUAAUCUUUUGAACUACGAUAUCUAUGAUCUCGAAUUGACUUCCGUGAAAGAUAACACUGAGCUGAGAAAGCUACUGAUCGAGACAUCGAGCAGAUCCAUUAUUGUGAUCGAGGAUAUUGACUGUUCUCUUGAUCUAACCGGUCAAAGGAAGAAGAAAAAGGAAGAACAGGGAAGGGGAGAUGAGAAGGAUCCAAAGCUGAAGCUGCCAAAGGAAGAAACAGGUGGCAAACAGAGUCAGGUGACUCUCUCUGGGCUUUUGAAUUUUAUUGAUGGACUCUGGUCAGCUUGUAAAGGAGAAAGACUGGUUGUUUUCACAACUAAUUUCUUUGAGAAACUCGAUCCAGCUCUCAUCAGGAAAGGAAGGAUGGACAAGCACAUAGAAUUGUCCUAUUGUAGCUUUGAAGCAUUCAAGGUUUUGGCUAAGAAUUACCUUCGGCUUGAAACACACCACUUGUAUUCCAAGAUCCAAGAGUUGCUGGGAGAGACCAAAAUGACUCCCGCUGAAGUUGCGGAGCAUUUAAUGCCAAAGACUCUACCUGGAGACAGCAAGGUUUGCUUGGAGGGACUAAUAGCAGGGCUUGAGAAGGCAAAAGAGGACGCCAGAUUGAAAGCUGAAGAAGAAGCAAGAGAAAAGGAAACCGGAAACAGAAACCAAAUCAAAGAAAUCGAAAAGGAGGAGGAGGAGGAGGAGGAGGAGGAAGAAGAAGAAGAUGUUAUUUCAAGUAGGAGGACAAGGGACACGUCCCACCUUCUUCGAGAUGGCUGCUGCCCAACAACUCCCCGCCAGUCUCCGUGCUGCCCUUACCUACUCCAUUGGUAUGCUUCUUUUGCUGAAUCUCUAUAUGGAUUGCGAAGAAGGGCAGUGAAGAUAAGAGUAAAGAAGGAAGAUGCACGUCCAAAAUCAGGGGAUGGAAUUCAGCACUCUGGUUUAGAAAAGCACCAAAGAAUUCUUUCAGUUGUAUUUUUGGUUGUGUUGCCUUAUUUUAAGUCAAAAUUGCAUUCAAUAUAUAACAAAGAAAGGGAAGCCAGGCUCCAAGCAAGUUUGUGGGGAAAUGGCGAUGAAACAGUUGAAGAUGCUGAAUAUUUUAGUGGAGGGGAUGCUUCUCUUGUUUCUGGAGAAACAUUGGAUGCAGAAGCAACUAUUAGAGCACGUUUGACAAAGAAAAUUCAGAAAAUUGUAUUUAGUUGCUACCCAUGGCUGCAUGCUAGUAGUGAAGGAAUGUCAUUUGCAUAUCAGCUCUUAUAUUUGCUGGAUGCCACUGGGUUCUAUUCGUUUGGACUACAUGCACUUGGGAUUCAUGUUUGUCGAGCUACUGGGCAAGAGCUGAUGGACACUUCUUCUAGAAUUUCUAAGAUAAGAAGCAAUGAACGUGAUAGACUUCGUGGCCCCCCAUGGCUGAAGACAUUUCAAGGUGCAUUGCUGAGCUGUGCAUAUACAAUGCUUGACUAUGCACAAACUGGCUUAAUUGCAGCAGUGUUCAUCUUUAAAAUGAUGGAGUGGUGGUACCAAUCUGCUGAGGAGAGAAUGUCAGCUCCAACAGUGUACCCUCCACCCCCACCACCUCCACCCCCAAAGGUUGCCAAAGAGGGGAUUCCACUGCCACCUGAUAGAACAAUCUGCCCAUUGUGCUCCCAGAUGCGUGCAAAUCCUUCUGUUGUUACGAUCUCGGGAUUUGUUUUCUGUUAUGCUUGCAUAUUCAAAUACGUAUCUCAGUAUAACCGCUGCCCAGUCACAUUGAUGCCAGCAAACGUUGAUCAUAUAAGGAGGUUGUUCCAUGAUAUGUAGAGACCUAGAGAUGCUAUAGGAGAUAAUCCAUGUAUUUUUCACGAAAGAAUCGAUGAACAAGACAUAGAUGCAGACAGCCAUUACAAGCAGCAAAAUAAUGUACAAUUUGCACUCGUUUUGAACCCCGUUCAUUUCGACAGCAAUCCGUGUGACGUAGUCCUACCAGGACGGCACUUGACCCAUCAUAGAUGUCACCCAUUUAAAUUUGUACACUAACAAGUUUUUUUCCCAUUCUUUGUUUCUUUUUUACUCUGGACUUGUAUCUCAACAAUCUCGUGCUAAACAAGGUUCGAUUCUGCAUCUAUUGAUUAAUUUACAACCGUCUUGUUGGGCUUCA